AAGAAAUAUAUAUCUCAUGCAUAUACAAUGAAGUUUUGAACCAUUAGGUUUUUAGGGUUCAUGCAAAACAUUUAUGCUCAUUCACUAUAAAUACAUCUUCAAGAAAACCAAAAGAUUGAAUAACAAACAAAAGAAAAGAGAAGAGAUGGGGAAAAGUUUAUGGGUGUUAGUAUAUGUAACAGUGAUGGUAUUGGUAAUGGUAGAAGUUGAAUCAAGUCUUCAUAGAGUUGGUGGUGGAAGAUACAGUUGGAACUCUGAAGUUAACAUCUCUGAUUGGGCUAGCCACCAACGUUUCUACUCCGGCGACUGGCUUUAUUUUGGAUUUGAUCGAACGAGGCAUAACAUUCUCCAAGUUAACAAGAGUAGCUACGAGCAAUGCGUGGAUAGCGAUUUCAUAUUCAAUAUUACGCGUGGAGGAAGAGAUGUCUUUCAGCUCGUAGAGCCAAAGCCUUAUUACUUUAUUUGUGGUAGAGGUUAUUGUCACAAAGGUAUGAAGCUCGCCAUCGAUGUCCUCCCUCAGCCGCCACCAUCAGCUCCUUUCGCUCCCGCCUCAACCGCCUUGACUCUAGUACCUUUACACACUUUUACCGCAGCCGUUUUAGCUUUCGCCUUGAAAGCUUUGAUGUUUUGAGUAUGCAUCUGUCGUUUCUUUGUUGAGUUUGGUUUAAUGUAUGAACUAUUUCAAACAAAAGUGUCACUUUCCUAAACUUUAUAGUUUUCACUUCAAUAAGUUGGAACUUUUGACUUUCACAAACCUAUGCAAUUUGUUUGUUACUUUGGGGAUUUUGUAACUACAUAUUGACAAAAAAAAGCUAGUUCCUACUUAGGAUUCACUACAACAACACAUCAGCUCUUACAUUCAAGUAGGCUUUGCACCUUUUAAGGCUUUGCUUUAGCUAGGUUAUGUCGUUUGUUUUCGAUACAAGAACUAUAUAGUUUAGCCAAAAGAGGUCACUUCCUAAUUAAGAUAUUCACUACAAUAAGUUUUUUCAGACAACCACCGAGAAUAGUUAAAAGGGGUAAAAAGUAAAAACAUAUUCAAACCCCAGCAGGCAAACAAGGCUGGUGAUAAUAGUUCACAAAAAAAAA